CAGAUUAGCAUCAGUUUAGUUUUAACCUGAUAUUGUUACACAGUAAUCAAAUCAGACAUCAUGAAGCUCUUGAAGUUUUUGUUGCCUCUUCUCCUGGUUGCAUCUGUCUCUGCUUUCUCCAUCUUUGGAUCUGUAAAUCAGGAAGCCAAUGAGGUUGCUGAUGCUAAAAUUGAUGAGGUAGAAGCAGUUGAACUCUUUGAAGAGGAAGAUCUUGAAGAUGAAACUGAAGAAGAUGAAACUGAAGAAGAUGAAACUGAAGAAGAUGAAACAGAGGAGGAUGAAACUGAGGAAGAUGAAACUGAGGAAGAUGAAACAGUAGAAGAAGAGGAUGACGAGGAAGAGGAGGAAGCUGAUGAGGAAGAAGAAGAGUAUGAGGAAGAGGAAGAAAUUGAGACUGAGGCUCUAGAAUCAGAAGAUGAUGAUGAGGAGGAGGAUGAAGAAGAUGAGGAAUCUGAUGAGGAUGAGUAUGAUGAAGAGUCAUCUGAGGAGUAUGAUGAGGAGGAAGAAGUAGAGACUGCAGCUUUGGAUGAUGAAGACUAUUAUGAUGAUUAUUAUUAUGAUGAAGAUGAUGAAGAUUUUUAGAUAAUUAAGAUUAAUUUUUCAAUAGCCACAAUGCUUUAAACAUUUAACUUUUAAAUUUCAAUUAGUUUAGAUUGAUCAAAUAAACAGUUUACUUUUAAA